GCGGCGGGCGCGCGAGCUGCGGAGAGGCGGGCCGGCGCGGGCGGCGCGGGCGGAGCGGCUCGACCCUCGCCUCGGAGCGGCCCCGUGCGCGCGCCUCCCGCUCGCCCCGACGCCGGGCCCGCUGCGGGCGGGAGCGCUGGAGAGAGGCGCGGGCGGCGCGGCCGCGGCGGUUCUUGAAAUCAUGAAUCCUGUCUAUAGCCCUGGCUCUUCUGGAGUUCCCUACGCAAAUGCCAAAGGAAUUGGUUAUCCAGGUGAUGACCUCCGAUUGUUCUGUUUUCCUGCAGCCGGUUUCCCCAUGGGCUACGCCGCCGCUCCCGCCUACUCGCCCAACAUGUACCCCGGAGCAAACCCCGCUUUCCAGACAGGUUACACUCCCGGCACACCCUACAAAGUGUCCUGCUCCCCCACCAGCGGGGCGGUGCCGCCGUACUCCUCCUCUCCCAACCCCUACCAGACCGCCGUCUACCCUGUGCGAAGUGCCUACCCCCAGCAGAGCCCCUACGCGCAGCAAGGCACGUACUACACACAGCCCCUCUACGCAGCACCGCCACACGUCAUCCACCACACCACGGUGGUGCAGCCCAACGGCAUGCCAGCCACAGUGUACCCCGCGCCCAUCCCCCCGCCUCGGGGCAACGGGGUCACCAUGGGCAUGGUUGCUGGGACCACAAUGGCCAUGUCAGCUGGUACCCUGCUGACCGCCCAUUCCCCCACUCCUGUCGCUCCUCACCCGGUCACUGUGCCCACGUACCGGGCCCCAGGAACGCCCACCUACAGCUACGUGCCCCCUCAGUGGUGAUCGCCCUGCAAGCGUGUGAAGAUGGAGCGGUGCAGUCACAUCACGGAGGUUCCACGCUGGUGCUGCAGGCCUCGUGCCUCCAACCAGGACUCUCUUCUUAAUGCUCCCGACACUUAGCUAAGCACCACUAGGCCCGCCUGGCAGGCCCCAGCGCCGUUAGUCUCCAGCUCACUCUGCGGGUCGGUCGUAAAGCAAAUCCUGUUUUGUGGGCUGCCUGGCCAUAUUUUUUAGCUAACUAUAAUGAUAUAAAGGGAGUAUUAAUCUACUCUGAAUCAUAUCUAGUUGAAUGCAUGUUUAAAAAACACACAAAAAGAAAGCUUGCUCAAUCUACCUGCAGUGACUGAUGCAGAACCAUCAUAUGCAAAAUCCAAAGGAAUGGAAAAGUAUUUUACAACUUGUAUCACUAAUACACUGUUGUAACGUAUGCAAAGUCUUAAAAAGUUCUGUGUUAACGCAAAUCUCUUCAUAGAGCAUUGGAAGUCUUGUCGAUGACCCUGCAGCCUCCGGGGGGCGCUGUCGUCGCCAACGGGAGACAUUGUCAUUUCUUGCAUCUGUCUGUCUUGCGCUGAGGGCACUGGCGGGGUUGCGGGCAGAGGGACGGGACGCAGGGGUGCGCCCGAGGCGCCUCUUCCCUUCUUGUGGGUUGGUGGGGCUGGGGGAACCUCCGCGUUCUUAAAGGUGACCACGAAGGUGACAUUGGGAGUUUAGUGGCCAGUACAGUUUGGGCAAGGAGUGGUUUCCGUAUCGGCAGAGCAGUGGUCUCUGACGUCGCAGUUUUCAUCCCGCAUCUCACAGGUAGAGAUGGUUUAUCCUUGCUGGAACAAUUCUAAGUAGAACUAAAUGAUUACCCCAUUAUGAGAAAUGGGUCAGAGAGAAACUGCCAUGCUUGGAGGUGUUGGCCUCUUCGGAGGUCUCUUUAGAGAGACAUUCCUCUCGUCUGCCAAACUCGGUGUAGGUAUUCCCGAUCUUCUCCCCAGCCCCUCAAGAAGGCCCUGAUGUCAACCCUGUGAUACAAAAUCGAAGGAUUUCAGAGCUUUUAAAAGGGAACAGAACUUUGUAUGAAAUGACUUGUGUUUUGUAGAGAUGCAGAGCCCUGUGUUCGGGGCUGCCCACCUGGCGGGCUUGUCCUGCGGGCCCGUUGGGAGGGGCCCCUUCCAGUGAGGGUAGGCGGCUGUGCCGGUUGCCGGGGGCCUCUCGGGCCGUCUCUUGGCCGCAGCUCAGGGCACUGGGUUCAAGGCCAGCGUGGCCAGUAGUGGGCCCCGCCCCAGGAGGCGGAGUCGGCCUGCCGGGGUUGGUGAUGGAAAGGAUUCCGUGUUUGAAGUCUAAAUUUUGUACAUAAGAAAUGACGAGGAUUCUCCCCAGCCCCGCCCAGGUGUGCCCGGCUUGUGUCAGUGGAAGUGUGUCUGUUCGGAGAGUCGGGGGUGGGGGGAGGGGGGCUGUUCCUGUUUCCGGCCAUGGGGUCUUGCCCUCGGGGUGGAGGUUCAUUCCAUUCGUCCCUGUUCGGAGACUUUGGGCUCUGGGUGGGAAGGGGACCCCGAGUUUGCCUCUGGCCAGGGCUCUGGUGCACGCCCAGGACUCAGCCAGAGUGGGCGUGUGGAACUCGGACCCUGAGCCUCUGGGAGCCUGGUUUUUUAUAGGGAGUUCUCUUCAUGAUUUUCUAAUUCACAUUUAAUUUUAUAAGAAGUUUAGGAAUAUUUUUGCAUGGAUCAUUGUAAACCAGAAUCCUUAUUCCUGAUGUCUAUUAACAUAGUAUGUUUACCGAUAAGUACUUUAAAUUGCUUCAUGAGCACUUAACGUGUGUGCGUGUGUGUACAUGGCAGCUGUUGGCCCCAGGCACACAGUUCGUGUCUACUUCAGCUCUUGUGUUGGUAACUUCAUCCGUGUAGUUGAAGGUCUGUCAUACGGAUAGGUUCUAGAGGUUCCAGGGUCUAAACUGAGGAAGGUCGGUCAGUUUCCCGGCUUAGUAAUGAUGAUAAGGGGGAAAAACACUAUUUUAGUGUCUGCUUAAAACAAACAAGCCCCAGAAAGCAGAGUGGGAAACAGGCGUGUGUGUGUAGUGUCCCAUCUACUUGCACACAUGGCUCGGUGUUAGUGCAAAGCCUUCUGGAGUCCAGAAGCAGAAGACACAACACGGGACAUCUCUAGACUUGGUUCAGAUUUAGCACACACAGGGCAAGUGUCUACAUGAGCACUAACAUGGUGCUUCUAAGAGAAGAGUUGGUUGUAUCUCCCUUUCCCCACCCCGUCAGGCCCCCUCCUCCACCACCGUUUAGAUCAGCUUCACAAACACCAUCUCCCUGGACAAUUUUAAAAAAAACCCAUAACUUUUUCCCCUCUGCAGAGAUGACUUGGGAGAUCAUCAGAUAAUUUCCCACGAUCGAAUCUGUCUGUGUGGAAGUCUUUCGGGGCAUCAGUUAUCAGGAUGAUGAGAGGUAGAUCUUACCUAGUGGUGAGAAUCUGGACAUAGGAGUAUUAACAAAGUAUAUCAUAGGUUGUAGCUUAGCAGCAUUUACUUCCAGUAAAAUUAAGGAAUAGAACUUGAUAGCACAAGCACAAUAGUGGAACAUUCAGAGAUUCAUUCUUCCUUUUUUAAAAAAAAAAUUUUUAAUGCGACAUUCCUAAUUUCAGUCUUUCAGCUGAAUUGUGGUUCUUUCAGACCGGCAAGCUAAAGGCCUAAUUCCUGCAACCAUGGAAACCAUCAUGUUUUUAAGUUGCCUGCUACGGUUCGGAGACUUGCGUCUCCCGGCGGGUGAAGGCCAGUCUGCAGGGCCGUCCUGGUCUGGCACAGGGCUGCUCUCCGGCUCUGUUUCAUCUUGGCUCAGUCUCCCCAGAACAGGCCUGCAGGGCGGGUGUUUGCUCAGUCCCUGCUCUUUGCAACUGCUGAGUGCUCUGCAGACGUCGUGCUCGCAGGGGCGAGGGUGCCGAGCCUGCAGCCGCAUGUGUGGCCCACAGCACCUGCUCCUGGCGGGGCCCGUCGUGCUGGGUCUGGCUGCAUGGUGUCACCGUUAGUCAUGAGCGGAAAUAGGUUCUGAGAGCACCGUGGCUGGUGGUGUCCUCACGUGUCUGAGCGCCAGGGCAGGGGAGAGACGGUGUCGGUCAGCCAUGUCAGUGUUGGGGCUCGGGCACAGUGUUACUCCAGUGCGUGGGCUGCCUGGCGCUGCCCUGGGCCCUCCAGAUGGGGCAGGAAGCCAGUGGGGCCUCCUGGCAGGCGAGGGGCGCUUCCUGGUGUGCGGAGUGGGGCGGGAGCAGCUUCAGUGUCUUUUCUCUGGUGCCUUGGGGCGGUGGGACCCUGCAGAGGUGAGUGUUGGCGUGGGGAGGGGCAGGCACGGGCCCCCACUGUCCCACCCAGGCGGCUGCAGAGCAGAUGCACUGGCCCCGCCAGAGUGGCAGGAGGUAGGGGGAGGGAUCCCGGGGACUGCCUGCCCCGGUGCCCAGCAGAACCAGGCCAGGAGGGCUGCUCGGACCCCUUGAGGACAGGCCCCAGGAGCCACGCAGGUUGUGACUGGGAAGUGGUUCUUUUUUUUUUUUUUUUUAACUUUAAUGGUUUUUAAAUACUGUUUUUUAUUUUCUUAGACCAUUCUCGGUACUUUUUAAAGCUUAAGUUAGCGUUGUUUCCAGUGUUCCAGGCACCCCUCCCCCUGCAUCAGACACCGUGUCAGUCAUCGCAGAAGAAUGGAACAUCCAUCCCGAGCCAGUUCCAUUACUUGUCAACUCACACCAUUUUAAUUUUUUAUGCAAUCUGAUGAGUAGAUGAGCUCAGAUUUAAAAUUCUUAAAAGCACGUUUAUUGUAAUAAGAAUUGUUAUGUAUUAACCUGCAGUUUUCAAUAAAGAUUGACUUGUGUUGCA